AUGAAGUUGUUUCAAAAUAGUUACGAUUUCAAUUAUCCAUGGGACCAAGUAACUGCCGCUAACUGGAAAAAAUAUCCAAAUGAAAUAUCUACACAUGUCAUCGCUGUGGAUGUUUUAAGAAGAGAAUUGAAAGACCAAGGUAAGGUCUUAGUUACUGAACGGCUGAUCACUGUAAAACAAGGUGUUCCAAAAUGGAUCAUGAUGAUGCUGGGAGGAACCAAUAUGAGUCAUGUUAGAGAAGUUUCCGUCGUGGACUUGAAUAAUCAGAGCUUGACCAUGAGAAGCUGUAAUUUAACGAUGUGUAAUUUAUUGAAAGUCUACGAGACUGUAACGUAUAGCCCGCAUCCAGAUGACUCUGCUAAUAAAACACUUUUUCAGCAGGAAGCCCAAAUUACCGCAUAUGGAUCCAUCAGGAAGCUAUGUAAUAAGAUGGAAGACUGGUCUGUGCAGAGAUUUUGCGAGAACGCUAAAAAGGGUAAAAUGGGAUUCGAUACCGUUUUACAAGUAUUUAGUGAAAAUUGGGAAAAACAUGUUGAUGACUUGAGUAACCAAUUUGUCAGUAAAGUUAAUGAAACUAUGGAAGAUGUUAAAAUAUCGGCGGGGACGCUUCUUAAAGGAACUGAAAGGAGCGGCAGAACCAUUUUGCAGCAAAAUAUUGACUUGUUUAGAGACGCAUACAACCACGAAAAUUAG